UGCGGGGAACGCGGUGAAGCGUUGCUGUCCAGAGAAAGUCUGGCUGAGCUCAGAGUGGCCAGGAUGAAAGCCCUAGUCUUCGCCCUCGCUGUUCUCUUCGUCACGGGGAGCCAGGCGCGCCAUUUUUGGCAGCGGGAUGACCCCCAGACCUCCCUGGACCAGGUGAAGGAUUUCCUCGCCGUCUACCUGGAGGCCGUGAAGGAGAGCGCCAAGGAGGCCGUGGCCCAGUUCGAGUCCUCCUCCGUCGGCAAACAGCUCGACCUGAAACUCCUUGAGAACCUGGACACGCUGAGCACCAACGCCGGCAAGGUACGGGAGCAGCUGGACCCCCUCUACCAGGAAGCCCGGGAAAUGCUGGAAAAAGACACCGAGGCCCUCCGCCAGGAGCUGACCCAGGACCUGGAAGAAGUGAGGGCCAAGGUCCAGCCCUUCCUGGACCAGUUCCAGGCCAAGUGGCAGAGCGAUCUGGAGGACUACCGCAAGAAGGUGGCACCCCUGACCGAGGGCCUGCGCCAGGAUGCCCGGGUGAAGCUGGAGGAACUGCAGCAGAAGCUGACCCCGCUGGCCGAGGACCUGCGAGACCGGCUGCGCGGCCACGUGGAGGAACUGCGCCAACAGGUCAAGCCCUACAGCGAAGAGCUCCAGACGAAGCUGAACCAGAAGCUGAAGGAGCUGAACGACAAGGGCCUGCCCUCGGCCACCGAGUACCAGGCCCGGCUGGUGGAGCACCUGACGGUCUUGCGGGAGAAGGCGGUGCCCGUCUUAGAGCAGCUGCGCCAGGACCUCAACCCCUUUGCCGAAAGCGUCAAAACCCGGCUGCUCAGCCUCCUGGAGGAAGUGCGCAAGAAGCUGGCCAGCUCCUGAGGGACUGGCCGGGAGGGCCGACCUCCUCCCCCACCCCUCGCCCCCUCACGCCCCCGGUCCCCCAAACUCCGCUGGGCGUCAGGUGACCCCCACUAGGGACCCCGUCCACUCUCAGGCGAGAUCCACCUUGGCCCCCAUCUGGCUGAGAGCCGGAGCGGGGGACCCCCAUGGGGAGGGGUGCAGAGAUGGGGGGCGGGGGCAUCAGAGACCUCUCCUCCACCACCCCACCCUGUCCCCUCCGGCUCGUCCACCUCCGUUUCGGUGAAUAAAGUGUUUAAGUUAA